AUGCCUAAAGCUACCAAGAAGAAGAAGGAGAAGCAGGCUGAUUUCACUAAAGCAAAGCUAAAACUUGGUAAGGGGAAGAAACAAGCUAGUAAUGCUACGGAUACUUCUUUCAAAGCAAGAUCAAUCGCUUUACCGGGUCAACAGAGUGUCUCAAGAGCUAUUCUCAAUGAUGAAGGUCAAGGUCCAACAGAACCGACUACGGCAAAUGGCUUGACGCUGGAGGACCUUUGUAUACGUUUCCGACAUCCGAAUGCUGGCGUGAGGAAAGAUUCUAUCGGAGGUGUCAAAGAUAUAUUGGGAAUCGCUAUUGGACGAGAAACUGGAAAAGUCCUUAGGGCUUUAGGAGGUUUGAUAUCUGAUGAUGAUGCAACCGUACGAAAAGCCUUGCUUGGUUUACUAGCAUGGUAUUUACCUCAAUUACCUGUUACAACAUUAUCCCCUCAUCUUCCCCUAUUGAUACUCCAGACAUCAUCUUCACUAUCGCAUAUCUUUCCGGAAAUCAGGUUGGAUGCAUGUAAAUUGGUCCAUCUCCUCCUCAACCAUGUCCCAUCGCACGUUGUAGGUGAUUGGCCCCGGGAAUCAUCAAACAUCUUAGAAGGCUUGAGAUUGGCAGUAGGGCUGGGAGGUGAGAAAGGUGUUAACAGUCAAAUUGGAAGACUGACUGGUGGAGCUAAAUUGGUCACUUUAAGAGCUAUGAUGGAAUUCGUUCGAAAAGGUUUGGGAAAAGAGGAACUGGAGGAAGAAUGGCUAGAAGGAUGGAUCGAGAAGAAAAAUAAAGGCAAAGGUAUAGAAAGAAGAAUGAAAGGUGAACCUACUCUGGAAGAUCUAGCUGAAGAAGGCUGGGUGCUCGGAUCUAGCUUGGAUUUACAUAAGGAGAAUGAAGAUGUGUGGGAAGUAGGAAGAUUGAAUGGGCAAGGCAAAGAAAGCGAAGAUGGCAUCGUAUCAGUGCUAUCCCAAUUAUACAUAUCCCUCCAUCCACUAUUACUAUCAACAUUCCUAGAAAAUGCUCCUACGGCUUUCUCACCUUCAUCGACAUCGACUUCUUUAUCUUCAGCAGGAGAGGACAUUCCCUUGGCGUUAUGUACAACUACCGCUGCACUUACCGAACUACUUGCGCGAGCAAUCUUCACUCGAUCACCUACGAACCCCUCAUCCGAGAUUAGAGAAGUGCGAGGAUGUGUAUCUGAUUUCUUGAAAAGAAUGGCAGCUUGGUUCCCUUUUUCGUCACACAGGUUAUCAGUGCCAACUCCAAGUGGAUUAACAGCAGGUUUCGAAUUAUCAUUGGUGUAUUCCAACUUAGCUGUAUUACUUGCCCCUAGACCUGUCGAACUCAUCUGGCCGAAGGAGAACAAGAAGGAAAUCAGCUGGAAAGAAAGAGUAAAAGCUAUUGAAGUAGCUUGGGAAAGUAUGAGGCAAAGAGAGAGGAGUAAAGGAAAAGGAAAAGGGAAAGGAAAGGGUGACGGAGCAGAUGAAUGGGCAAUGGAAGAAGUUGCGUCAUGGGUUGUGGAUAUAUUAGCACCUAAGAAAGAUAUAUUAUCGCCAAAUCUCACUCCAGCGGCUUAUACAGCUAUACUCCCGAUAAUAUUCGCAUUGGUCACUAGACCGCCAUCGUUGUCUCAAGACGAAGAAGAUAUUCCUGUUGUAGUAGGGGAAGCGUUCCUAUCUCAUCUUUUACGGACGAGUUCGACUUCGUCAAUACGUUCAGUCGGUGAUGGUUUCUUGAUAUCUCUCAUCAAAUUGCACGAACAACGUUAUCCUUCUUAUCCAUUUUUCAUCCUGCCGUCGAACAUGGAACUGAGACAGAAAAUAGGUGAAUGGCUAGACAGUCUACCUAAGGUUUUGUGGGAAUUGGGUAAUAGGGACGAAGAAGCUACCAGUAAAUUACUGGAUUUCCUACUGUAUUUAGGAUUGAGAGGGAAAGGGUCUCUGGAACGAGGAUAUAGUAUAAUUAAUAGCGAGACAUUCCCUUCGUUAGCAUCCAAAUUGGCUCCCUUCUUUCACCUGCAACAUCCUUCCAAAGGGUCGAUACCCGGACCUUGGUCAAAGUUGACCGAUGAUAAAGUAAGGAGAUUAGGUCUGGAUGUUGCGAAAGUAUGGGUCGAGUGGGAUGAUGCGAGACUGAAAGAUGCAGUGCGACAGGCAGUUAGGGGAGGAGAGUGGGCAGAAUACUGGAGUCGUUGA